AUGAAAAUCUCUUAUGAUUUUAAUUUAAAAAAUCAAGAAAAUGACUGUGUUUAUCUAAUCAAUAGAGAUAGAGAGAGAAACUUAUUAAAAAUAUUCGAUCCAAAAACUUACUUAGAAGCAGAGCGAACUUUUGAUUUGAGUUUUGAAGAUUUUUAUAUUCCUGACUGCCAAAAUAUAUUGAUAGAUAAAGAAAUAUUUUGCUUUGGCAACAGAGCAUCCUUCAUUCUUAAUAUAGAAACACUAAAUACAGUGUUAAUAAUUAAAGAUUGGCUGUGAAAUUGUGAUCUAGCAGGAAUUGCUUAUUUAAACAAUUGCAUCUAUCUAUUUUUACUAGUUAAGGAGAUAUCUAGUUAUUCUUGCAUCACAGAAAAAUAUGAUUUAGCUUCUCAUAGAUGGACUAAAGUUGCAAAUUGUCCACUAGAAUCAGCCAUGUAUUUUUGUUUAACAUUUAGGAACAAUAUUUUGAUAUAUAAUCAUUCUCCAACAAUAUUCCAAUAUGAUGAAAAUAUAAAUAGCUAUUCAAUACUUUUUGAAAUGGUUAAAGAUUCAUCUAAAAUUAUCGUCUCUGGAAACUCCAAACUUUUUAUUAUUGAGAGCAAAGGAAGAAUAUACGAAAGUGAUGCUGAAAAUCAAUAUAAAUUUAUAUAUAUCGGAGAUUCGAAUAUAAAUUUUGACUUUAUUAAAUUAUCUUUACUUCCCUAUCCAUAAGUGAAAAAAAAAUGUUGGUUGCAGAGGGGGUUAAUUUUUUUCAGCAAUAAAUUGAAUUCUCAAUUCGGUAAUGCAAAAAAUUAAUUUAAAUUGUAAAAUUUAUGUUUUAAUAUGCAUAAAAAAAAGAAUUAGAUAGAGAUUGAAUUAUACUUAGUACCGCUUAAUAUUAAUUUUUUUCCAUAUAAGAAUUUUUUGCUCGCUUACGAAGGGUGAGUUUUAUAGAAAAAAAAGUAUUUUUCUAAUGGCAUAUUUUGCUCACAGAAGGGGGGAGUUAGCAAAUUUUCAAAAUGAUAUAUACUUUGGGUUAAUCACUCGCAAUUAUUUUCAAAGAACCUAUAGCUAUUCAUACUAUAGAUUAGGCCUAAAAGAAAAGAGAGUAGAGAAAAUAAAUACUAAGAUAUGAAAUUGCUAUAUAAAUUAA